AUGGUCCAGCAAACAACCCAGCCCCAGCCUAAAUCCCGCUGGAUCAUUCUCGCCGUCGCCUCCGGCGCAUUCGCCGCGCUGAACGGUCUUUUCGCUAAACUUACCACAGAUGAGCAAACGACCUCUUUUGCAGAUGCAAUCCUGUCUAUUUUUGGCGCGGGCGUCGAUGACCAUCCGUUUCUUCUUCUUGUUGUGAGGGGGAUUUGUCUGGGCCUAAAUGUUCUCUGCAACGUAAUAAUGUGGACGUUGUUCACGCGAGCUCUGACAGCGGCACCGUCAACAACCAAGGUGUCGAUUACGAAUACGUCGGCUAACUUCCUCGUCACGGCAUUUUUGGGAAUGGUCGUGUUCCAGGAGAAAGUCGCUGGGCUAUGGUGGCUGGGUGCGGCGAUGCUGGCCGCUGGGGGGAUUCUUGUUGGGAUGAGGGAGGAGUCAGCGUAA